AUGUCCCUCAGGCUGUCUAAACAGCUACGGCUACCUCUCCGCCCAUCAUCAGCGCGGACAUAUGCCACAGAAAACAGGCAUACGCACGGCCGCAACGCGCUUCGCCCCCGAAAUGCGUCUCAUUGCUCCGAGAGACCACCAAUGACCCACGGAGACCCCCUCACAAACAGCCCAAACGCUACUACCACCACACUCCCCGAUAAUGCUGUCUUCAUUCACCGCCCACCCCCAUCCGCACCAUCGCCAUUCUCAUACACCACAAACCCCGUCUCACCACUCCUUCGACCACCCGCCGUAUCGGCAUCGACCGUAGACGUACCGCUCCCCCCACCAGUGAAGAAAGGCCAGGUGAAGGAAUAUCAGUACCUCUCGGACGAGGAUAUUGAGCAGAUGAAGGAGUUGAGGGCGCAAAAUCCGAAUCUCUGGACGAGAGGGAAGUUGGCGGAGAAGUUCAACGUUUCACCGAUUUUUGUGGGCCAGUUUGCGAGGCUUUCGAAGGGGCAGAAGAGGGUGGCGUUGGAGAAGAGGGAUAAAGACCAUGAGAAGAUGAGGAGCAGGUGGGGUGAGAGGAAGUUGAUUGCGAAGGAGAUCAGGUCGAAGAGGAAGGAGUUUUGGUGAUCUCACUUUGGAGGAUGCGGGUUGCGGGAAGUCGGCCAUAGGUUUCUUGGUUGUGGGGACUUUCGAGGUGGAGACUGGACUACUCAUGCACAAUAGGACGAGGGAAGGAGAGAGAUGUUGUUUGCGUCGCGUGUUUGUCCAAUUCAUUGCCAUGCUCCAUCGUCGCUCAACCUUUUUUUCCCAUUUUGAGUGGUGUUUCGGUCAGCCGCUCGCAAACAGGUUGUAUUUCAGUACUCGACCUCGUGCCGCACUGUUUGGUACUUUCACAAUAUUAUUCGCCGAUCGGGCCAUAUAAUUCUACUCCAC